UUAUAUACUUUCGACGACAUGGUAGCCGUUGCAGUAACAGAGAACUUCACUUACGCCGCCGCCGCCACCACCACCGCCGCCGCCGUGAAUAUUCCCACCAUAGACCUGUCUCAUCCCGACGCCAAGAAUCUACUAGUUAAAGCUUGCGAGGAGCUUGGAUUCUUCAAGGUGGUCGGCCAUGGAGUCCCUUUGGAGAUCAUUUCCAGGUUAGAAACAGAGGCCAACAAUUUCUUUAGUCUUCCCCUGUUUCAAAAAGAGAAAGCGGGUUCACCAGAUCCUUUUGGAUAUGGUAACAAGAAUAUUGGUCCAAAUGGUGACAUCGGAUGGAUCGAGUUUUUAAUGUUGACUACAAAUCCAGAGUUUGAUUACAAAAUAUUCGAGUCUGUCUUCGGGGAAAACCUCAAAACCUUUCGAAGUGUGGUGAGUGAUUACGUGAAGGCUGUGAAGAGGAUGGCGUGUGAUGUUCUUGAACUGGUGGCGGAUGGUUUGAAGAUUGAUGAAAAGGAUGCUUUGAGUAAGCUAUUGAAGAAUGAAGAAAGUGACUCUGUUUUUAGGUUAAACCAUUACCCGCCAUGCCCGGAGCUUGAUCAACAACAGGUGAAAGGUAAACACUUAAUAGGGUUUGGAGAGCACACUGACCCACAAAUCAUAUCAGUGCUCAGAUCUAACAACACUUGUGGCCUUCAAAUCUGUUUGAGAGAUGGCCGUUGGAUCUCUGUCCCUCCUGAUCACUGUUGUUUCUUCAUCAACGUUGGUGAUUCUUUACAGGUGAUGACAAAUGGGAGAUUCAAGAGUGUGAAACACAGAGUUGUGGUGGGGAAUAGUAAGAAAUCAAGAGUGUCGAUGGUAUACUUUGGAGGGCCGCCGUUGACGGAAAAGAUAGCGCCGUUGCCGGCGCUGAUGAAAGGAGGUGAGGAAGAAAGUUUGUAUAAAGAGUUUACGUGGUUUGAGUAUAAGAAAUCUGCAUACAAAUCACGCCUGGCUGAUAAUAGGCUUUGUUUGUUUGAGAAAAUUGAAGCCUAGCUAGCUUUUCAAAUAAAUUUGUAA